GGUUCCUACCUGGUAUSCACCAUGAAGGAAGCGAACAUGUCGCUGCCGGUGAGUGUCGGAGCUCUGCUCCAGGCGGAGCCCCGGGAGGACGCUGCUCACCGGGACGACGGUCUCUGUGUUGUCGGUAUUUUCGGUAAAAGCAACACGCAGCCGGAACCGAUGAAGGAGUCCCUCAUCAACGCCUUGGCGGACAAACACGUCUUCUCGCUGUUCGGUGGUGCGGAGGACGACACGGCGGACAGCCACAUCCAGGCCUUCUACAACCAGGAGGACCGGGUUCUGUACCUGCUGCUGUCCUCCGUGUCCGACAGCCGGCAGCUGCUGCGGGCUUGUCGGUCUCUGAGCGCCGGGCUCAGCCACUCCGAUGCCCACGACAUUUGGAAGGGCCUGGACCGGCAGCACUGCCUGCACCUGCUCUACAUGUUCUCCGUGUGCCACGUCCUGCUGCUGGUUCACCCCAGCCAGACCUUCGAUGUGACCUACGACCGUGUGUUCAGGGCCCUGGACGCCCUGCGGCAGAAGGUGCUGCCUCUGAUCCGGGCUGCCAUCAAGGACUGCCCCGUGUCCAAAGAGUGGAAGCUGAACUGCAGACCCUGUCCUCCGCGGCUGCUCUUUGUCUUCCAGAUGACCGCGUCUCUGAAGGUCUCCACAAACGGUUCCGACUCUGGAGGAAACCCUGACAAACUGAAGAAGCACUCUCCGAGGCGGCGGCUGCAGCACGCUCUGGAGGACCAGAUUUACCGGAUCUUCCGUAAAAGCAGAGUUCUGACCAACCAGAGCAGCAACUGUUUGUUCACCGUGCCCGCCAACCAGGCUUUUGUGUACGUGAUCCCGGCAGCGGACAAGGACCCGGUGGGCACUCUGCUGGGCCAGCUGCGGUCCAACUGCAUCCUGUCGGAACAGGACCCCGUGGUGUCUGUGUCGGGGCCCAGGCGGUACCAGCAGAUGCGGCGGUCAGCCCGGCAGCCCAGCUUCGGUGGAGACUCUAUGGGCUCGUUGGGGGGCAGUCAGCUGGUGGACUGCAGCCUGAAGGAGUUCCUCUGGCAGCACGUUGAACUGGUUCUCACCAAAAAAGGCUUUGAUGACAGCGUCGGCCGGAACCCACAGCCGUCACACUUUGAGCUGCCGACCUACAACAAAUGGGUCCAGGUCGCUUCCAAACUCUUCCAGGUUCUGAUCACCAACACGGACGAAGACGUGGCAGAGCUGGCCACCAAAGUGCAAAGCCAGGCGAAGGUUUUGGACGGUUUUCUUGAUGCCGACACAAAGUUUUCUGAGAACAGGUGCCAGAAAGCUCUGCCGCUGGCCCACAGCGCCUACCAGUCCAACCUGCCGCACAACUACACCACCACGGUGCACAAGAACCAGCUGGCACAGGCCCUGCGGGUCUACAGCCAGCACGCCCGCGGCGUGGCCUUCCAGCGCUACGCCGUGCAGCUCCACGAGGACUGCUUCAAGUUCUGGAGCAACGGCCACCAGCUGUGUGAGGAGAGGAGUCUGACGGAUCAGCACUGCGUUCACAAGUUCCACCUGCUGCCUGAGCCGGGAGAGAAGCCAGACCUGGAUCACAACCCGCCCAUCAUGAACCACAACAGCAGGGGGCGCUCUACCAGCUCCUGUAACUGUGGGCGGAAACAGGCUCCUCGCGACGAUCCGUUUGACAUCCACGCUGCGAAUUACGACUUCUACCAGAUGCUGGAGGAGAAGUGCUGCGGGAAGCUGGAAAAGAUCCAGUUUCCUGUGUUUCAGCCCAGCACCCCCGACCCGGCUCCCGCCUCCAACCAGACUCAGCGGCUCCCCUCCGAGGCGUCGGGCGAUGCAGAGAGGCUGAAGGAGGCGAGCACCGCUCAGAGUCACACGCCUGGAGACACCAGCCUCAGCCUGGCUCUCAGUCUGGGUCAGUCCAGCGACAGCCUGGGGCCGUAUGGGGACGGGGAAGGACCUGAAAACCAGGUCCAACCCAAAAGGCCRAGUCUCAUUGACCGUCAGCCCUCCACCGUGGAGUAUCUCCCUGGUAUGAUGCACUCCAGCUGCCCCAAAGGCCUUCUGCCCAAGUUCUCCAGCUGGUCUCUGCUCAAACUGGGCCCAGCAAAGACAUACAACUGCCACACGGGCCUGGAGCAGCCCGGUUUCCUCCCCGGCUCCUCCUUCCUCUUACCGUGGGACUUGGUGAUUCGCUCUCGAUCGGAGGAAGACACGGGACUGACGGAGCCUCUGGACGGGGGUCCGUCCUCGUGGCCGGCCCCCAACAAGAGUCUGGUGGGAAAGCGAGGCAGUGCCGGGGAUCUGGGCCGGAGGAGGAGGGACGACAUGGCCCGGGUCUUUGUGGGGUUCGAGUACGAGGACAGCAGGGGCCGACGCUUCAUCAGCUCCGGCCCUGAGAAGAUAGUGAAGGCGCUGGGGCCCGGGGGCGCUAAAGACCCCGCCACACGGGUGCUGAACACCGACAUGCCGCUUUACGUCCCGGCUCCAUCGCAGGGCCGAGGCCUGAAGCCACACUUCGCUCAGCUGGCUCGACUUUUCAUCGUGGUGCCUGACGCCCCGCUGGAGAUCACCCUCCACCCCCAGGUCCAGCCUGGCCCCCCUCCCUGCCCGAUCUUCUACACAGAGCAGUCAGAGGUCGUGUUGCCGCCUGACGGCUUCUGGGUUCUGCGCUUCCCUUAUUCCUACGCGACAGAACGUGGCCCCUGUUUCCCCCCCAAGGAGAACCAGCCCCUCAGCAACUUCAAGGUGCUGCGCGGCAUCCUGAGGGCCGCCGCCGCCGCCAACCCGCCGCCRCCGUGAAUCCUUCAGGUGCACAAAAUGAAACAAAUGAACUCUCACAGGAACUUAUUCUGCAGGAGAGGAUUUACGUUUGAACUUUAACUUGAGUUUAAAUCUUAAAACCAAGAAAAUCUGAUGAGAAACUGAAGGUUAGUMUCUGUCUGUUUGCUCAUCAUGACYAAAGUCGCUCAGAAAACUUUCUUGKGGUAAUUUAUAAAUAAUAACCUCCGAUCAGAUUUAUUUCUCUAAUCAGACCCAGUUUUUAUGAUAACUGAUGUUGAAGCUCAGAUCGUGUUUCAACAAACAAGACAGGAAGUCGAUUUAGGUCUGUUUUCUUUGUUUAAUUAUACAAAUUAUGAUUCAUCAGCUUUCUUGAGUUUUGGAUUGUAGGAAAAACAAAAAAAAGGAACUUUGUUAGGAAGUUAUUUGCAGCAGGGGGUGCUGUUGGUGUACAUAUUUUUUUUCUUAAGAUCAACCAUUCUGUGACUUUUACAGUUAAAAUAAGUGAGAACUGACCACUUAUUUCUCACAUUUAACAGAAUGAUUAAAAAAGCUCCUCAGGCUGAAGUUUCAGUGAUAAAAUAUGUCUUUACAAAUUAUUAAUGCACCGAUUGUGCAAUAUCUGUUCUUGUUUUAUUGUGAAUAAAUGCUCCACUGCAGUUAUUAA